GAUCAAAAGGAAAGCUAGCCACAGCCAAAACACACUGUGCCAGACUGACUAGCAGCCAUAUACCCUGGCAUCCUGCAGCCACCAUAGAGAGGAGAUUUCUCCCUGAGACACCAGAGGACCCAUUUUCAGAAUUCAGACAUUUGCAGAGGUGGCUCAGCCGAUGGGGAGAGCGGAGGCAAAGAAGGGGUAAGUAACCCAGUGAAGGUCAUCCAGGGAGCAGCCUGCGGCAGAGCUGGGAGGAGAACCCAGCUUCCCCAUUAGCCCCACAAAGAGCCCACAUCACCUCUGGGCGGGACUGCGCAGUGCAAUAUUCGCAGGCAUGAAGCCUUCAGCGCGCGGAGACUCGACUAGCGCAGAGCACUGCCGCACAUCCCCCCAACAACACCGGCUGCCGUGAGCCCAUCGGCUCUGCCCUGGCUUCCACAGAAUACCCAGGUUGGGCCAAGGUCUUUGUCCUCAUGGUCAGGGCGCUCUGUGGCCUGCGCCCUGCGUAGCCAAAAAGCCUGAAGCUCCGGGGCGAAGGCCCUGGUUGAAAAUUCACCCCUUUGGCACAGCAGAGCCCUCACUAAUAAGGGAAAAGCUCAUCGGGGGGGACUUCCUCAGGAGGCUGCCAGAGACCGUGGCAUGAACUCCCCCAUGAAUCAAGGCCCAACCCAAAUGCCUCACCUGCGGCUCCCAGGCCCAUUGCUUUGACCUGCCUUUUCCAAAAUAAACAGAGUAACCUGUAUAACAUGAAUAUGAAACAAACCAACAAACUCCGAAAGCAGCCCCUGGCCUGCAUGCAGCCCCCUGCCCCAGGCCAGGCUGAGAGCCAGCUGGUGCCUCAGGCAUGGGAGCCGGUGUGAGCCCCUGCAGACAGCAGGCCAAAGCGGCAUGGCGGGGCUGGUGCAGCUCUCAGAGGAAGGGGUGCGGUUCUGAUUUUUAUUCAGAGCUUCCACAGAAAACUUUGCCCAGCCUGGGCUCUGGGCUGAGCCCUGCCAAGCACUUGCUCUCGCCCUGGCCCCGGGGCUGGGACUUUCUCAAAGCCCUUGAAGAGGAGGCUGCUGAGACCUCCCCCCCACAUUUGCAGCUGCUGCUAGACGGCUUGUCUCCAGGAUGCACACAGCCUCUUUCACUUUCGUUUCUGCCGGCUGAGAGUUUCCUAUCAUCUGUCCUCUUUGAUAAGCACUUUGCUGGCAGGUUUCACAAGCAGAGGCACUGGCCAGGAGCUGCUGAGCCAGGCUGUCCCACAGCACAGGACAGGACAGGAGAAGGUCUGGGGGGCAAGCAGCGGAGCCAGAGGAGAUGCCCAAGUUCACCUUUCGGGAGAGGAGGGAGUUUGGGGAUCAGUUUGUGCAGCUCCUAAAAGACACAGGCAGAGAAGCUGUGAGCAGCCGGGAGGCAUUAAGGACCAUCUACAACCAGGAGUUCAGGACCAGGAAUGAUACGAAGACACCCAACUUCUCCUCCAUCCUGUUCACCCUGGGCCAGAGUGGCCGGGCCGAGGUACGGGGAGACUUUGUGCGCUUCUGGAAGGUGAAAAAGAAAGUGAAGGUUACCAAUCAGUACUGGACGCCCAGGCCAGAGGAGCCCCCCACGGACAGCCAGGAGGCGGGCACCGAUCAGCCUCCCCACAGAGGACGUGCCAAGGAGAGAGCGGAGUUCAUCGGUGGGAAACACGGGGUGGAGAUUCUCUCAGAGCACGACCGGGGAAACGGGCGCAUCCGCUUCCCCGUUACGCUCAACGAGGCCGCAACAGCCAGCAUUUGGGUUCAGAACAACGGCACUGAGGAUGUGGUGCUACUAGGGUACAGAGCGCUUCGAAAGCAGUGCGAGAUCACCUUCCACGAUGAGAGCAAGGUGACCAGACAGCAGCCCCUGGUGUUGCAGCCAGGAGGCUCUUACUUGAUCGAGGCGCGGUGCCUGACUCAGUACUAUGGUUACUUCCCUGUCACCGUGCUGUUCGAGUUCACCAAGGAGCAGCACGGGUCCUUCAGCAUCGGGCGGUUCGUGUCUGCCAUAGCCAACAGCCGGCUGGCUGAGCAGCUGGGGCCCACGGCACCAUACAGGCCUUACCAAGCCAACCUGAAGAAGACGGUCAUGGUCACCACGGAGGAUGGCGUCCCUCCUGACAGCUCCCAGCACCCCGAGCUUGAGCAGGUGAUCCCGCUGGACUGCUACAACUACCCAAAGGACCUGAAGGACACGGUCAGCAUCGAGCGCAGCAGGCUGCAGAAGUCCCUGGCAGCCAAGCUUCAGUUUGAGAACUACAAGGAGAAGUUCCAGCUGCUGCUGCACCUGGAGGAGCUCCAGAUGGAGGUGGACAUCCGGCGCUAUGACAUGCAGGAUGCCCCGAUGGUGAAGGACACUCAGAACAAGAGGCUGCUCAUCCUGGAGGUCCCUGGCGUGGCAGAGAACCGCCCGUCCGUGCUGAAGGGCGAUCACCUGUUUGUCACCCCCAGCGACCAGCGCACCUUGCCCCAGCAUGUCCAGUACAAGGGCUACGUGCAUGCCGUGGAGCUGGAAAAGGUCAAGCUAGGCUUCUCCCUGAACCUGCUGAAGAGCUUCGUGAAUAACCUGAAGUUCGAUGUGAUCUUUACCUUCAACCGGCUGCCGCUGCGGGUGCAGCAUCGGGCCGUGGAGCUGGCCAAGAAGAGGAACCUGGGUGACGUCCUCUUCCCAUCCUUCUCAUACGGAAAGUCCCUCCUCCCCGAGGGAAGCCGGCUCAGGCUGUUUGACCAGAGCCUGGAGAACAACCAGGAGCAGUACGACGCUGUGCGGCAGAUCGUGACGGGGAUGGCCAGGCCGGCACCAUACCUCAUCUUUGGGCCGCCAGGGACCGGCAAGACUGUCACCAUGGUGGAGGCCAUCAAACAGGUGGUCAGCUGCCUGAAGGACUCCCAUAUCUUGGCCUGUGCACCCUCCAACAGCGCCUCAGACCUGCUGUGCCAGCGCCUGAUGAGACACCUGGACAAGGGCAGCAUCUAUAGGAUCAACGCCAGCAGCAGGGACUAUCGCCAGGUGCCGGAGGAGAUCAAGCCCUGCUGCAACUGGGACAAUGCCCAGCAGUGCCACGUGUACCCAAGCAAGAAGAAGCUGCAGCACUAUCGGGUCAUCAUCACGACCCUGGUGACAGCAGGAAGGCUGGUAACGGCCAGCUUCCCUAAGGGCCAUUUCUCCCACGUCUUCAUCGACGAGUGCGGCCACGCAGUGGAGCCAGAGAGCCUGAUUGCCAUCGCAGGAAUUCUGACAGCGAUGGACCCGGAGACCAACACCAAGGCGGGGCAGCUGGUGCUGGCGGGAGAUCCCAAGCAGCUGGGUCCGAUCCUGAGGUCCCCACUGGCCAUCGAACACGGGUUAGAGGUCUCGCUGCUGGAGAGGCUCAUGUUGCACAACUCCCUGUACCAAAAGGGAGCCAAGAGCUACAACCCGCAGUUUGUCACCAAGUUACUGCAGAACUACAGGUCCCACGCCGCCCUCCUCCAGAUCCCCAACCAGCAGUUCUACGACGGGGAGCUGCAGGAGUGCGCUGACCACAUCAUCAGCUAUUCCUACUGCACCUGGGAGGAGCUGCCUACGCAGGGCUUCCCGAUCAUCUUCCACGGAGUCUCCGGGGAGGACCAGCGAGAGGGUAACAGCCCCUCAUUCUUCAACACGUUGGAGGUCGAAAUCCUGGUCACCUACCUCAAGAAACUGCUGCAGAGUCAGGGCAAGCAGGGCCGCUCCAGGAUCUCCCCCAAGGAGAUCGGUAUCAUCUCCCCCUACAGGAAGCAGGUAGAGAAGAUCAGACUAGCCAUCACGAAAAUGGACCGAGACCUGAUGAAACUCCCAGACAUCAAGGAGCUGAAGGUAAGUCCCUCCCCUCCCAUCCCUCUGGCCGCACCUGGAGUAACGGCUAUGGCCUGGCAGCUACACCCACAGCCACGCCCAGCCUGAUGCCAGACUGUCCCAGCUCAGCAGUGGGACUCGCUUGGUGCUGGGACGGGGGGCAGCUCUCCGCCAGCAGACACCAGGCCAGCCUGGGGCCCCUCAUCCCUUGGGCUUGGAGGGCAGAGUGCUCCGGCCAUGCGGAGAGGGCAGCAGCGCAGCUGUGGGCUGCCUCUCCUUUGUGAGCCCUGCAGCCAGAGUGCUGGGGCAAGACGGGCUCCGUCCCGCUCCCCCCAUCGGC